AUGUUCUGCUCUUCUCUAAAUUCUCUACCAAUGCAUGACAAACAAACAAAGUCAGACAAUACCUCGGCCUCCCCUCUCCUCACCCAACCACCAUGACAGCAAACCAUGAACACCAUAUGCCUAAAACACCCCUACGCCCCCAAUUAAUCCUUUCCAAUACCAUCACUUAUCCAAGUCAUCUUCCUAUGUAAUCCUAUGAUGAGUGCACAUUGUUUGAAAAAUUCAAGUUAAAGGGCAUGCUUGGCAAGUUCCCUAAAAGUAGCUAGUUAAACCUUCCCUAUCCAGUUCCAAACUUCCAACACCCUCCCUCCUUCUACAAGCAACAGCACCAGCUUCCAAGAAGAGGAAGGAGGAGGAAGAGGGUGAGGAGUUGCCUCUGAAAGCAAGCCAUCAUUAGCUACCAAAUGCAGGCAUGCAUAUAGCUAACAGGACAAGAAGAAGAAGAAGAAGAAGCUACAAGACAGCAAGAAUCAGCUGCUGGUGGCAUCAUGUCCUAUGACCAGAUGCUCUCGCCGCUUCUUGGUGCCGGGCGAUCGGCGUGGAGAGCAGCUCAGCAGGGCGGCGGCGACGCCGUGACGAGGCAGAUACUCAAGUGCACAAGGUGGCAGCUCGAGGAGACCACCGACUUCGUGACCUGCCCCUACCACUACUACUGCGACAGCUCCUACCCGGGCGACUACCCCGCCGCCGUCGGCGUCCUCGUCGCCGCCUUCGCCGCGUACUGCUUCCUCUCCACGCUCGUGUUCACGGUCCUCGACCUCGUGCGGGGCAACGCGACGGCCAGCGUCAGGGGAAUCAAGAGGAAGUACCUGCUCCCCUCGGGCCCGUUCCUGCUUCCCCUGGUGCUGCUCGCGCUCGCCAAGGGGCAGCGGGUCAACGCCGUGUUCCCGCUCGCGCAGCUCGGCCCAGCAUUGCUUCUGCUGCUGCAGGCCUCGGCGCUUGCGUUCCGGAACGAGGCCGACGGCGACAUCCGGUACGCGGUGCUGGAGGCGUCCACCGUGUCCGGCGUGCUGCACGCGAGCCUGUACCUGGACGCCGUCGUCCUGCCGUACUACACGGGGCUGGAAGCGCUCCGGUGGUCCAGGUUCUCCGGGGAGUGCGCGUCGUGCCUCUGCCGGAUGGAGCCCCUGGUGGUCGGCGGCACCGCGGUGCAGUACCGAGGCCUGUCCAAAACGGCGCUGGCGAUCAUCUUCGCGCUGUGCUCGCGGAUGGUGUGCCGCAUCUACGGCGAGGAGCGGCUCAGCGCGUGGACGCGGUCGGCGCUGGAGGGCGUGGGCUGGGUGUUCGUGGCGACUGACGCGGUCUACCUCGUCGGGUGGGUCGCCGCGGAGGGCGGCGCCGUCGGCGUGGCCGCGUACAGCCUGGUCGCCGGGCUGGUGUUCUUGAGCAUCUUCGGCAAGGUGUACCGGUUCUUGGCGUGGGUAGAGACGAGGCAGUCGCGGUGGAAAUCCAGCCUCUGCCACAGCGUUGUUUGAUUGAUCAACCCGUCAGAAUUAAUUCUCGCACAAAACCUGUAAAAAGAAAGAAAGGAACUAUUUCUUUGUUCAUCUUUUGCUUGCUGUACAAUUUACACACUGGUAAAAGGGUGCGAUUUUUUUGUUCAUGUUCAAUUAGCUUAUUUUUUCUGAAGUUAUUCAGAUUUUUGUUGAUGAAA